AUGAAGUCUUUUAGAAAUCCAAAAUAUUUAGAAAGAUAUGAAGAUGUUGUUUUUGACCUUGAACAGGCUCUAGAUACAGCCCCAGCAAAUAAUGCACACCAAACUAAAACAGGUCUUAGAUUUGUUGCUGAUAAUACAGGAGAAGCUACUCCUUAUGAUUGGUAUAACGCACGAUUAUCAAUGGAUUUUAAAGUAAAUAAGCUGGCAGAUGGAGGAAAUUUAGCAAUUGCUGACCAUAACGGAAUUGUAAAUGGUAGUAACUCAUUUAUAGAAAAAUUAAGUAUCCUAGCAAAUGGUAGAGAAGUUUACAGUUGUAAUUAUUCAAAUCAUGUUGUAAAUAUUAAAAAUCUUCUUGAGUAUAGUCCUUCAUAUGCUGAGAGUGUUUCUACGAAUGAAUUUUAUUUUCUUGAUACAACAAGAAAUGCAGAGGAAAGAGAGUUUGAGGUUAGUGGCACAAAUCAGUUAGCUAAAAGAAAAGCAACUUAUAAUAAAGGUUUUCAUAAAAGAAAAUUACUAUUAGGUACAUCAGCCACAGUAAACUGCGAAAUUCCUCUUAAUAGAUAUUCUUUUUUUGAAACAUUGGAAGACAAAUUACUUCCAAACACAAAAAUUGAGCUAAAUAUUGAAAUUGAAAAAGAUGCAAAUUUAAUUUUUCAAGCAGCUGAUAAUUGUAGAGUUAUUAUAACAAGACUACAACUUUUUAUUCCAAAACUUACGUUUAAUUCAGAAGGACAAAAGUUGUAUAUGGAAAAUUAUCUUAAACCUUACAAAUGGACAUAUUUAAAUGAAGUAGUAGAGCGAUCAAAUAAUUCACAGCAACAGACAGGACAUUUUAGAAUUACAAAUGCUAUUUCAAAACCAAGGCAUGUAUUUGUUUUUGGAAUUAACACGGCAAGAAUUGAUUCACAAACAGCGAAUCCAUUUUUAUACGAUACUUUUAAUCUACCAAAUAAUGCUAAUAUAUCAAGAUGUUACCUGGAAGUUUCAAAUGGAAACGAAUACCCAGAUAUUCACUUUAAACCUUCUACAGAUAUGUCAAGAGUUUUUAGAAAUGUAAUGUCAUACGUUUAUGCAAAUAAUGAUUAUCAAGGCGGAACAUUACUUAAUAUAAGUAAUUUUAAAUCGUUAUUUCCUUUUGUUUAUUUUGAUUUAACAAAACAAAAAAUGGAUAUCAAAGAUGGUGUUACAAAAUUAGCAUUUCAUUACGAAUUAUCUGCUAAUCCAAACGCUGAUUAUAAUAUAUACGCGCUAGUCUUACAUGAAAGAACAGCAGAAAUAGAACAACAAGGAGGAAAACUAUUGUUAAGAGCUUAA